GGGGGAAGGAAAACUUCCUUGUUAUUGUGACGCCUCGCGCAGCAGCAGGAACCUGGGGCCAGUGGUGCGCCCACAGCUGGAAAUCCCCGGGUGCAGUGGCCGCAGCAACAGUUGGAGCCGAUGUGUUGGACAACAACGCCUAUCAUCCCCCCAGCUAGCAGGGAUUUCGGCGCAUCUGGACAGCACCAGCCAGGUGGAAUGACCACUGAUGGAAACAGUUCUGGGAGGAGAGAAUCCAAAUGGGAGUCAGUCUCUGGUGGAUGGUGACGGCUUUGAGCUUUUUUGCCUCGUCGUUGGAUACAGCCAUGCCAUUUGUCUGACGAGAAAUAGUGCCAGGUUACAAAGAGUUAUGACAAGGAAACAAUCAAGCUACAUGUCUUGCUAAAAUAAGAGAAGAUGUUAUGCUGGGGAUAUUGGUCGUUUGGACAUCCUGGGGCAAGUAGCGCUCUCCAGAUUAUUAUCCCUGAGCCUCGCACCAGCGGGUUUAUUCAUGAGAGGAGCGUCAAGGAAGUGGCAUGUGGUGGAAACCAUUCUAUUUUCUUGCUGGAGGAUGGGGAAGUCUAUACGUGCGGUGUGAACACCAAGGGUCAACUAGGCCAUGAGAGAGAGGGAAGUAAGCCAGAACAAAUCGAUGCUCUGGCUGAUCAACACAUUAUCCAUGUCGCCUGUGGAGAGUCCCACAGCCUGGCCCUCAGUGACCAAGGCCAGCUCUUUUCCUGGGGCGCAGGCAGCGAUGGCCAGCUCGGUCUCACCACAACUGAAGACUGCGUGGCAGUACCAAGGAUAAUAAAGAAGCUGAACCAAGAGAUGAUACUUCAAGUCUCCUGUGGCAACUGUCAUUGUCUAGCUCUUGCGGCUGACGGACAGUUCUUUGCGUGGGGGCAGAACAACCAUGGGCAGCUUGGGCUGGGCAAGGAAUUCCCCUCCCAAGCCAGUCCUCAGCGUGUCAAAUCACUUGACGGCAUCCCUUUGGCUCAGGUUGCUGCAGGAGGCGCGCAUAGCUUUGCCUUGUCUCUCUCAGGAGCUGUAUUUGGUUGGGGGAAGAAUACCUCAGGACAGCUGGGACUGAGUGAUGAACGAGACCGGGAGUCUCCGUGCCACGUGAAGCUCUUAAGGACUCAAAAGGUUGUCUAUAUCAGUUGUGGAAAUGACCACACUGCUGUCCUGACAAAGAGUGGAGGGGUGUUCACCUUUGGUGCAGGUUCCUGUGGCCAACUUGGCCAUGAUUCCUUGAAUGAUGAAGUCAACCCCAGAAGGGUUCUGGAGCUGAUGGGCAGUGAGGUGUCCCAGAUUGCUUGUGGGAGACAGCACACUCUUGCCUUCGUGCCUUCUUCAGGGAUUAUCUAUGCAUUUGGCUGUGGAACCAGAGGCCAGCUGGGAACUGGGCACGCCGGCAAUCUUAAAUGCCCUUUCCCAGUCAAAGGUCAAUGGGCAGCUCAUAAUGAGCAAUUCUCUGCUAGAGCAGAUGCCUGUACGUAUUACAUUGUUAAACACAUCUUCACUGGAGGAGACCAAACGUUUGUCCUUUGCUCUGAAACAGAGAAUUCUCUGCCAGCUGACGAUUUCCGGACCAUAAAUCAAAGUGACUACACCUGUUCAAUUAAUGAUGAUACGAUAGACGUGUGGAGACAAAAGCUUUUAGAAAGGAACAAUCCUAAUUCAGUGAACAGUGAGGUUGUGCAGAUCCUGUCUUCGGCUGCCUGCUGGAAUGGCAGCUUCUUAGAAAAGAAAAUAGAUGAACAUUUUAAAACGAGCCCCAAAAUUCCGGGGAUUGACCUGAAUUCUACCAGAGUGAUGUUUGAUAAGCUAAUGAUGUCUCAACAUUCCAUCUUGCUUGACCAGAUCCUGAAGAGCUUCGAAAGCUUUUUGAUCCCGCAGCUGCCCAGCUCCCCGCCAGAUGUUGAAGCCAUGAGAAUCUAUCUGAUUCUCCCUGAAUUCCCACCGUUUCAAGACUCAAAGUACUAUGUAACCCUAACACUUCCAUUGGCGAUGGCCAUAUUGCGCCUGGACAGAAACCCCAGUAAAGUCUUAGAGAACUGGUGGUCUCAGGUAUGCCCAGGAUACUUCUUGAGGCUAGUAGAUCUUUAUAAAGGUGCUGUGGUUUACCUCUUGAAUGGAAGAAAAACAUUAUUGAUCCCUGUCUUGUACAGUAGUUACAUCACAGCUGCACUGAGACUUCUGGAGAAACUUCAUAAAGUAAACCAGAAAGUUAAACAUGUAGAAUAUGACAAGUUUUAUAUCCCAGAGAUUUCCAGCCUGGUGGAUAUUCAGGAAGACUACUUGAUGUGGUUCUUGCAUCAAGCUGGAAUGAAAGUAAGACCGGCUAUCAUGCAGGAUACGGUGACCCUGUGUUCGUACCCUUUCAUCUUCGAUGCACAAGCGAAGACCAAGAUGCUGCAGACGGAUGCUGAACUACAGAUGCAGGUGGCCAUCAGUGGAGCCAAUUUACAGAACGUCUUCAUGCUUCUCACCUUGGAGCCCCUUUUAGCGCGAAGUCCUUUCCUGGUCCUUCAUGUCCGUAGGAGCAACUUGGUUGGUGAUGCUUUGAGAGAGUUGAGCAUCCACUCGGACAUUGACCUGAAAAAGCCUCUGAAGGUGAUCUUUGAUGGUGAGGAGGCUGUUGAUGCUGGCGGAGUCACAAAGGAAUUCUUCCUCCUGCUGCUGAAAGAGCUGCUGAAUCCCAUCUAUGGAAUGUUCACCUGCUAUUCGGAAUCAAACUUGCUGUGGUUUUCAGAUACCUGUUUUGUAGAGCACAAUUGGUUCCACCUGAUUGGCAUCAUCUGCGGAUUGGCUAUAUACAACUUCACUGUGGUGGACCUCCACUUCCCAUUGGCUCUCUAUAAGAAACUCCUGAAUGUGAAGCCCUGCUUGGAAGACUUAAAGGAACUGUCUCCCAUGGAAGGAAGGAGUCUUCAACAGCUUUUAGAUUACCCUGGGGAAGAUGUCGAAGAAACAUUCUGCCUCUAUUUUACAAUAUGCAAAGAAAGCUACGGAGUGGCAGAACAGAAGAACCUCGUUGACGAUGGAGACAAAAUUGCAGUGCAGAAGGAGAACAGACAGGAAUUUGUCGACGCCUACGUCAAUUACAUCUUCAACCUUUCAAUACAUGAAUGGUACAUGGCUUUCUCGACCGGCUUCCUGAAGGUGUGCGGCGGAAAGGUCCUAGAGCUCUUCCAGCCCACUGAGCUGAGGGCUAUGAUAGUGGGAAGCAGCAACUACAACUGGAGGGAACUGGAGGAGAGUGCAGUUUACAAAGGGGAUUACUCAGCGACACACCCAACCGUGCAAAUAUUCUGGGAGACCUUUCACGAGUUUCCUCUGGAAAAGAAGAAGAAGUUUCUCUUGUUCCUGACAGGCAGCGACCGCAUCCCCAUCUACGGCAUGUCGAGCCUGCGCAUCGUCAUCCAGUCCACGUCCAGCGGGGAGCAGUACCUGCCCGUGGCUCACACCUGCUACAACCUCCUCGACCUGCCCAAAUACAGCAGCAAAGAAAUCCUGAGCACACGGCUGACGCAAGCCAUCGACCACUAUGAGGGCUUUAGCUUGGCUUGAGGGCGAGCCGCCACCAACACAGACUCUUCUGUAUAGAAAGGAAAUACUGUCUUGUUUUUAUUUUUGUAAGGAAAUGGGACAAAGAUACUCAUUGGAAAGGGAACUGGGGUGGGGGAGCAUAGGAUAAAGAACUCCAACAAAGUCCAGUCACUUUUGGGGAUUUCAGCCUUGAAGUUUUCAACCUGUCGGACAAAAUCUGUUGGAACUUCUUUUCGGUUUACUGGUUGAUAUUUUUUUUUUAAAAAAAGUCUUUUUUCUUCCCCGCCCAUCCAACUCUUGUUAAUACAUAUAUAUUUUCAAUAUUUUGAGAUAGAUUCAUCUUUUCCAGAGAUGGACUGUGAUGACCCAGAUGGAAAGGUUUCUCCCUCUCACCCCCAGUUCUGAAAUCCCUUUCCUUUCUUUUCCACGCACCUUCCCAGAGUCAUUUGGCUCCCAGGCCCACAGGUAAUGUUUGUGACAAAACAGAAGUGUUUGCCACCUUCAUUUAUUUUAUUUUCAUUUCAUUUAUAUCACACCUUUUUUCCUCCAAGGAACCCAAGGCGGCAUACAUAAUCCUCCUCCUCUCCAUGUUAUCCUCACAACAACAACCCUGUGAGGUAGGUUGGGCUGAGAGUCUGUGACUGGCCCGAAGUCACCCAGUGGGUUUCCAUGGCCGAGUGGGGACUAGAACCCAGAUCCGACACCUUAGCUACUACACCAUAUAAUUUGAAGAUGGUUCUUUCACAUGGAGAUUAGUACUGGGAGAUGAGGGAAGUGAAGCUCCUUCACAGAUCCCCCCCCCCCCCCGGCCCCUUGAUGCUGUCCACAGAAAAUGAGAGACGGAGUAAAUUUCUCCACCUUCUGUUUGGCUUGACGAAUUUCAGCACUUUGCACAUAGGGAGAUGGAAGUAAACUUGCACACUUGGGUGAUGAUAACUGAAUACUUUUCUUUUACGCUGUUUUUUUAAAGGGACAUUUGUGUGUUUAAAAGCAAUGUUUUUCUAUUUGCUGGUUUCUGUUCAGGGAUGCGAUGUAAACAGCAAAGUCCGUAUCCCCCUUCCCACCCUACUACUGUGCAUGCAGUUGGAGUUCUUUGCAGAGGACGACUGAACCCUUCUACCCCGACCCCUCCCCCCACCCCUACCUGCCUGCCCAUCCCUCAGCCAGGUAGACAUAGCAUCAAACACACUGCCAUAUACCGAGAUGUUAUGUUUCAUAGGAAUACCUCUCUGCCUCUCAUUGAGAGACCGAGGACCCUGGCACACCUUGUUUACACUGGGGAAGGGGGGAUGACGACAGGGAAGCUGAUGAAGUACUUCCCUAUACCUCUUCCUCUCAACCUGUCUCCCAAAAUAGCCUGUUCUCCCCACCCCCGAAUGCCCCAAUGAUCAUCUCCCUUUUGUUAUCCAAGGCGCAGUGUCAAUUUAACCUAAGCCACCCUAUUGGCAAAUGGAUUUAUUUAUUAAACAUAGGGUUGUAUCGUCUUACUUAGAGUAGGCCCAUUGAGUUAGCCAUGACUAACUUAAGUCCCAUUCAUUUCAUUCUGUUCUAAGUAGGACUAACACUGGAUACAACCCAUAGAGGGCCAGGGCUAGGGCCAGCUAAAGUUGUUCAUGACUCAGGCCAUAGCUAGAUGGGGCUUUAUCCCAGGGUGAAACCCGAGAUCGUCCUUGUGCAUCCACAUGACACACAGGAUCCUGGGAUCAGGGAGGGAUCAUCCCUCCCUUGGCCCAGGAAAUAGCCCUCCCCUUUGGCCCCGGUUUUUCCGUGAUCCCGGGCUGAGCCCGAGACCGCAGAACGUGUGGCCAGCUGCCGCGGGUUGACCCGGAUCCACGUGAUUCCUUGCUAGGAGCCGGGCACAGCACUCCUCAGGAGCGCUGCGUCCAUCGGGGGUAGGGGGGGGGGCGGGGAAAGUCAGUUAAAUUUUAAAAAGGACUUACCUUUUGCGCAUGAGCAUUCAUGUGCUGCUGGCCCUUUAAAAAAUAAAAAAUGACGGACCUGACGCCUCUCUUGCUGAGGUCGCCGUGUGUCACGUGUAGACAGAGGAGGCAUCUUGCGUUAAACACAACGCGAGAUCUUCCCACCUCCAUCGUGGGAGACCAGGUAGGUUUAGCUAAGGCCUCAAUCCCAAGGAAAGCAACGGAAUGAGUUAGUCGGAUCAGGACUGCAGUGGAGGCAAAGGGUCAAAGCCUCCCACCCCCUGGUCCCAGCUGACCUUAGCCCCAUCUCUGGUUCUCUGGUCCCCCUGCUGGUUAUUUGUUUUUGCUUUUUAAAACAAUCAGCCAUGCAAGGUGGCCCUUACUCCCAAUUUUACUUUGGUUGGAUUGGCGCCACAGCAUUUCUGUACCUUUUAGCCAUAACGUCAAACCAUAUUUUGCAUCUCCCUGAUGAAAAAGCUGUGAAGACAUCGGGGGCUUUUUUUAAAAAAACAAACACAUUGAUUUGCUACGUGAGUGUAGCUGAUCAGCCUCUUUAUACUAUAGCAGCCUUCCUCAACCUGGGGCGCUCCAGAUGUGUUGGACUACAACUCCCAGAAUGCCCCAGCCAGCUGCUGGGGCAUUCUGGGAGAUGCAGUCCAACACAUCUGGAGCGCCCCAGGUUGAGGAA